CCAACACCACCUCUCAGCUCGCCAUCAUCGGAUCCAACCUCUGCCCUAUCGAGAGCCUUGAUUACGAGAUGAUUGAGAACGAUGUGUACAAGCAGGACUGGAGGAAUCGAGGGCGGGCCCACAUUCUGAGAUACGUGUUUUUGAAGUGGACUUUCUGCUUCUUGAUCGGAAUCCUCGUCGGCGGCGCUGGAUUCUUUAACAAUCUCGCCGUUGAGUACGUUGCUGGAUUCAAGUAUGUUCACGUCGCUGAUUUGAUGUUACAGAACAGAUUUGGGAUGGCUUUUGCUGUUUUUACGAUAUCAAAUUUCGUCCUUUUGAUGGUGGCAUCGAUUAUUACGGUUUAUGUUGCUCCAGCAGCAGCUGGGUCAGGGAUACCGGAGGUUAAGGCUUAUCUGAAUGGUGUGGAUGCACCUGACAUCUUUUCUCUCAGGACACUGAUAGUAAAGAUUAUCGCUAAUGUUGCUGCUGUGUCCUCAUCUCUUCACGUGGGCAAAGCAGGCCCAAUGGUGCAUACUGGUGCAUGCAUUGCUUCCUUAAUCGGUCAGGGAGGAUCACGGAAAUAUGGCUUGACAUGUAAAUGGCUUCGCUACUUCAAAAAUGAUAGAGAUAGACGUGAUCUUGUGACAUGUGGAUCAGGUGCUGGCAUUGCUGCUGCUUUUCGUGCACCUGUUGGUGGUGUUCUUUUUGCUCUUGAAGCAAUGUCAUCAUGGUGGAGAAGUGCCUUACUGUGGAGAGCAUUCUUCACAACAGCUGUAGUUGCUGUCAUGCUUCGAGCACUAAUUGAUAUUUGCAAUAGUGGAAAAUGUGGUUCAUUUGGGAAGGGUGGACUGAUAAUGUUUGAUGUUACAUCAGAUCAUGUUGCAUAUCACCUGGUAGACUUACCCCCAGUUAUCCUCCUUGGAGUAAUUGGUGGAAUACUGGGAAGUCUCUACAAUUUUCUAAUGGAGAAGGUUCUUAGGAUAUACAGUCUCAUCAACGGGAAAUGUCGAGCCUACAAACUUCUGCUUGCAGCCAUUGUCUCAAUACUCACAUCUUGCUGUCUGUUUGGUUUACCAUGGCUUGCACCUUGCCAGCCUUGCCCUGCUGGCAUAAAAGAAGCCUGUCCAUCAAUAGGCAAGACUGGCAACUUCAAGAACUUCCAGUGCCCUCCAAACCAUUAUAAUGACCUCGCUAGCUUAUUUUUCAACACCAAUGACGACACAAUCAGAAACCUCUACACUUCAGGCACAGAUUCAGUCUUUGACAAGUUCUCCGUCCUUGUAUUCUUCAUCACUUCUUAUUUCCUUGGUAUCAUAAGCUACGGAGUUGUAGCUCCUUCUGGUCUCUUUGUGCCAGUUAUAUUGAUUGGUGCAACUUAUGGACGAUUUGUUGGAAUUCUAAUGGGCUCGCGCUCAACUCUAGAUCAUGGUCUCUUUGCUGUUCUUGGUUCAGCUUCUCUACUCGCUGGCACAAUGAGGAUGACUGUUUCUGUCUGUGUUAUCAUUUUAGAACUGACCAACAAUCUUUUAUUACUCCCUCUUGUUAUGUUGGUUCUUCUUAUAUCAAAAACAGUGGCGGACUCAUUCAAUGCAAACAUUUAUGACCUAAUUGUGAAAUUGAAAGGACUUCCAUAUCUUGAAGCCCAUGCUGAGCCAUACAUGAGAAAUCUUACGGUUAGUGAUGUGGUAACUGGUCCUCUUAGGAUGUUUAAUGGUGUGGAGAAAGUAGGAAAUAUAGUCCACAUUCUAAAGACAAGUGGACAUAACGGGUUCCCUGUGAUCGAUGAACCUCCGUUUUCUAAUUCGCCUGUUUUGUUUGGUCUAGUUCUUAGAGCACAUCUUCUUGUCUUAUUGAAGAAAAAAGAUUUCUUGCCUGCUUGUGUGCUAUCAAGUGGUAAUGCGUCGGCAUGCUAUUCAGCUGAGGAAUUUGCUAAGCGUGGGAUUGGCAAACGUGAUAGUAUUGAUGAUAUUGAAUUGACUGCAGAAGAGAUGGAAAUGUUUGUUGAUUUGCAUCCUUUUACGAAUGCCUCUCCUUAUACUGUUGUUGAGACCAUGUCACUAGCCAAAGCGCUUAUACUUUUUCGAGAACUUGGUUUGAGGCACCUCUUGGUUGUUCCUAAAUCUUCUUCUAGGGCUCCGGUGGUUGGAAUCUUAACGAGGCAUGAUUUUAUGCCUGAACAUAUACUUGGAUUGCAUCCUUUCUUACUGAGGAGCAAGUGGAAGAGAUUACGAUUCCAGCGGUCUACUUUAGCCAAAUAUUUCAGAAGUUUCAUUCUUGGUCGUGUCUCAGCAGAUCCAGAAUAGGCAGAGGGAGGAAGGAGAGCGAUCGAUCUCCAAUUCUUCAAUAGUAGAGGUUAUUAUUCAUCAGAGUUUUGUUACAUAUAUAUGUGAGUUUGAGAGUUGCAGUCUCUUUCAAUUUGUUGUUGAUUUGUUGUGUAUAUCCAUUAAUCCAUUAUUUGUUGAAACAUAAACAAUGUGAAUUUUCUUGUUAUGUAUGCACCUAUUGUGUUUGCUUAUGAGCAUUCCUCUUCAUUUGUGCGUUA